AUGCCCAAGAAGAGCCACGCGAGAAAUUUCUGGGGCGUCGUACAGAGCGUCCUUGUCGCGUCGGUUCUCUAUGGCUUCAUCUACCUAGCCGUGCUGGUCUUCCAGAAGGGCGCGUUGCCAAAAUCGCCUGCAGACCUCUACAGAAACCCCCCGACGAACUAUCGCCCAGGGUCCUCCUCGUCGGAUAGUGUUGGGUCAAGCAUAAUACGACUGCCGUCGAGCAAGUUGAAGGUGGAGAAGAUCAAUCCCAACGCCAAUUGGUUCAACCGGCCCGAGAGCUUGGUCCUACCUAGAGAUGACUACUUAGGAAAGAGACCAGAUGUCGAUGUCAUUGCGAACCUCACAAAGUUGGUUGAAGAAUGCCGAGGCUCAUAUGAGCAUAUCGAGAAGAUGCCGUAUGUGUAUGAUUGUCUAAAGUACUUGGAGACCGGCGAGCACGAGUACCUGUACAUGCCCCCUCGUGGCGAGCGAGCGAGCGAACAACCUCCCAAACGCGCAGAAUACUUGAACUCUGAUGGCGCGGAUAACACCCUGGCAGAAUAUCCAUCGUACAAACCUGCCACGAAAGACUCAGUUGGCCAAUGCAACGGGCCUAUCGUACCGUAUCACACAUACUGGACUGGGGCGGCAACGUGGAGAGUGGAGCUCUUCAUCAAGAGUUAUUUCUAUACACAAAACCUCCCCUGCGUUCGAUUGUGGAUAUGGCUCGACGGUGAUCGGGAUUCGAAAGCAGCUGAAAAGAUGCUCAAGCACGACCCAUUGUUCGCAAAAUUCGUGCCGUUCGUUGAGCGCGGAGAUAUCGUUCUGAAGACAUGGAGGUUUCCAUCGCGGAUCCCCCUUCCAAAUGGCGACAACACUGAUGGAGUUGGAUAUUACAAGAACCCGGGAAAACCAAAUUCGAAGAACGAGACGCUGGUGGCAGAUGGAUUGAUUCGCGAUGUCAACGGUCAAGAAUGGUUAGUGCUGACAGAGAAGCAAAUGACCUUCCUACCGGUAGCCGUAUCAGAUGCUGUUCGAUUUGUUGUACUACACAUUUACGGUGGUGCCUACUUCGAUAUGGACGUCGUGAUGCUCCGCGAUAUGCGCCCUCUCCUAAUUGGGGAUGAACAUUCCUUUGCUGAGCGAUGGGGCGGCCACCCGUCACCAGGAGACUAUAACACUGCGAUCAUGUCGCUCUCCGCAAACUCCUCGCUCUCCUCCUACCUAGUUCGUGGUGGCGUGCGGAUGGGGUUGAAUUUCCAUCCCAGAGUAAUCGGGGUUAUGGCUGUGAAAGACCACCGAAACCAGGAGUUCCACAUGCUAGAAACGGCAGCAUUUGAUCCCAUCUGGACCGAAUUUAAUUGGGGUCGAUUAGGCAAGUGUACGGUGCCUUGCAUUCACGAUUACGGGCAGGUCUUUAAAGGGAAGAAUGCCUUCCCAUUGAACGAUGAAUGGAAGACCUACGACGGACCACAAUCGGAGCUGGCUGCCGAAACGAAAUCUCGCGGGCAUUUCUGGGAUAUUAAGAAGAGGUCUGUCAACAUGGUGGAGAAAAUCGCAGAGAUCACUCAGCGCGGCGACAACUCGGCUACUCAAACUUUGACAUACGAUAAGGAUGCGUUGAGCAAAGCCGAGUACAAGCUUGAAAUGGAUAAUUAUCCGCCUACGAAUAGGACAUUGGAGCACUUCUUCCGAGGUGCAUGGACAUACCAUGUCCAUAAUCAGUGGCUGAAAAAUCCUGAACCGUCUUCCUGGCUAAACGUUGCUCAACGCGCUCAAGAUGGCUUUUUCUCACACGGCCGCCUGAAUCCGUAUGGCGAAAAAUGGGAGGGACCCAGUAUAGCCGAGUACGAAAUCAGUUGGGAAUACCCUUGA